UCCCCUUCUCAGGGAGGCAGCCACUUCCCAGGAACAGUUCUGUUCUCCGGAGGAGCAAGAAUUCUGCAUGUCACUUUCAUCAGCACUGUUGAAAGAAGAAAAAAUGCCAGCACUAUCUCCUGAAAUCAAAUUUGAGAAUUCUAAUGUCACCAGAAAUUCCAUGGACAGAUAUUUUCUUUUUGAGAAUAAUUGGAGGAAAGCGGUUUUCGAAACACAAAAGUUGAAGAAUGAAUACGCCCAAACGUUUGGUCUGGAAGAGCUCAGAGAACGUGUCAGAAUGCCAUAUUUACCAGGAUUGCAACCCUGCCAGAGAAGUUCAUCUCCACCCGAGAUCCCUAGCAGACGGCGGCGCACUGACACCCAGAUGCCUCCCGUCCGGAUAAAGAAGACCAAGGAGCCCUGCAUUGUGAUACCGCUUCUGGAGCAACCCCAAGGUUCUGGCUUCAGCGAUCCCCUCGCUGGAGCACCACCUCAGUACUUACAGAGACUUUCCAGAAUGUCCAUACUGGAGUCUGACACCAUUCGUCAAGAAACGGCCACGAAGUCCAAAAAGGGUAAGAGACGAGAGCUGCGAGACUGCUGGUAACACGCAGCGCGACACUUCUUCACUCACCGUUAGGGCGUAUACUUCUUCCCUUCCUUUUUCUUUUUCUUUCUUUUUGAUAUGUGAUAUGAUAUGGAAUGAUAUAUGUAACAAUGGAAAUGUAAAUAGGAAAUAAAUAUUUUA